AUGGAUGCCGUGGAUUUGGGUGAAGCUGGUGGCGUCAAAGUGUCCAGCAUUAUCUGGGGUUGUGUGGCAGUGUUCGUCGUCUCUUUGAUGUCCGUUCUUGGUGGCCUCUUCUUACCGUUUCUCACCGGGAAAACGAAGAGGAGAUGGUUCCACUUCUUCAUCGCGAUGUCAGUGGCGACUCUCUCGGCUGACGCCAUUAUGCAUCUGAUUCCUGACGCGAUUGGUGUGCAUUCGCAUGGACACGGUGGACACGGCAAAGCACAGACAAUCCCUCAAAAACCCGUUGUCGCUCUCAAUUCUACCGCUGCAAACGAUGAUCACUCACAUGAGGCACAUCUAUCGGAAAACUCAAGUGUCGCUGAAGUAAAGCGCUCACCGGGUCUUCUCCGAAAGAAACGACAUUCAGAUCAUGAAAAAGAUGAUGAAGAAGGAGGAGAACAUCAGAAACGAAAACGUGGCCCUUUCGAGUACACGGAAGAUCGAGACCGUCUUUGCAAGAUGGGGACAGCAGUGUUUUUGGUGAUGGUGCUCUACUUUUGUGAGUUGAUUUACGCCAUCAAACAAGGAACAACAGCAAAUGUUCAUGGAAAUCUCGAAAAGGCGAACGAUCUCUCCGUUUCAGACGACGCGAUUGAAAGAGCUGUUGCCGGCUUUUCCCCUGCUAGACGAAUGAGUCAAGCCCCGCCACCACUCUCGCUUCCAUCAAAAACCGCCAGUGAAUCGAGCUCAACUGAUCUAAUCGUUACCCGUCGAGCCUCACAUGUCGUCGAUCGACGAGCACCAGUCGUUUGUUGGGGAAUUCGAUCGACUGCGAUGCUUAUUCUGCUUGGAGAUGGAGUGCACAAUUUGAUCGACGGGAUCGCGAUCGGUGCCUCAUUUGUCGCUUCGACUCAACUCGGCAUCUCGACAUCGGUGGCUGUGAUGUGUCACGAGUUGCCGCAUGAGCUUGGUGAUAUGGCAAUUCUCCUCGAGUCGGGUCUCUCGAUGGCAAAAGCUCUCUUCUUGAAUUUUAUCUCAGCACUCACCGCUUUCAUUGGCCUUUUUCUCGGCUUUGCAGCUGUUCAUUUUGGGGCAGCGAUUCCCUGGCUUUUAGCGAUCACAGCUGGGAUGUUUCUCUAUGUGGCAUGGAUUGAUAUGUUAAGCCAUUUGAAGACGGGAAUGGGAAACGAGAGCAAUACAGGGCUUACGUGUUUCUUACAGAUUUUGGGUUUCUUGUGCGGUUUUACGAUCAUUUUUCUGAUUGGUUGGUUCGAAGAGGAGAUUGCCGGCGAA